UUGAGGAUUUGUCGCUGUUGUUAUUACUGUGGGAUUCCCUAGCAGUAAAAUACUUAUGAAAGAAGUAUAUAAUUGAAAGAAUAAAGAAGAUUAUGUGGACUGCAAGGAAAAUUAACUGAAUUAGUUGAUCCAUAUUAUAAAUUUUACAAAAAUGUAGACCACCUACAUAAACAAUUUUUAACUAUUGUGAUUAAGACAUUGUUUAAUCAACUCAUUUCAAGAUGGACGAACAAAAUGGGGAUUGCUUUGAUCAUCAUGAGAUGUUUGCUCCUUUGAGUUCUUCAGACACUGAACAUGAUUGUUUAAAAGAUUUCUUGUUAGAUCCUCCUCGCCAUGAACAACAUAGUAUGUCAUCUGGAUAUUGUUAUGAUAAUAUGCAAGCAAGUUCUGGGCUCAUGUCUAUGUCCUUAAAUUCUGGAUUAUCGAUGACAAUGGGCAGUGGCAUGACAAUGGCAGGACCUGGUAUGUCCAUGACUGCUCCUAGUUUGAUGGCUGGAGGUUCUGCUAUGUCUAUGGCUCCUGGUCAGGGAAUGUCCAUGUCGGCUGGUCCAAAUUUAACAAUGUCGAGUCCGUUGGGCUCUCCAAUGAACUGUGGAUUGUCAUUGCCUCCUAAUGUGGGCAUGACAAUGAAUUCAGGACCAUUAAUGCAGAUGGCAGGAAGUUCAGGGAUGGCAAUGUCUCAGAAUUCGUGUAUGCCAAUAACGUCUAGCACAAAUUUAUCCAUCCCUAAUAUCCCUAAUCAGGUGCUAUCAUCCUCCUCACUUUCUUUAGCUUCUAAUUCUGGAAUGUCUCCUGGUAUGCCUUUGCCCAUGUCUACGGGUUCUCAUACAAUGUCAACUUGUUCUCCCAUACUCAUGUCUACAGGACAUUCUUUGCCUCUUUCAACCUCCUCAAAUAGACCUUUAAUGGACCAUUUAUCACCAAUUCCUAUCCCUAACUUAUCAAGUUGUGUGAAUGAUAAUUCUAUGAUGAUGCAUCAGGGAUAUUCUUCAUCAAAUGCUCAUAUACCACAGUUACAAAGUCCUGUUCAAAAUCAAGCAGCUCAUCCUGUAGUGGACUUUAGAAGUCCAGGACAUUCUGUAGAGAGUGUGAUACCAAGUGCUUUAGACAAUGGUGUGAUAUCGUCAGAGUGUUGUGACAAAAAUGGAGAAUGGAGUCCUGCAGGAACUGGGGACUCUGUGAGGACAGGUGAAAGUCAGGAAGGGGUAGAACCAGGGACAAGUGAAAGAACUGUUAGCAGUGAUUGUGUGAGUAGUGAAACUGUGUGUUCUCCUGAAGCUGAAGGGAUAGUUGAUCAGGGAAAUGAGGAAAGAAAAUUAAAACAGGAAACACGUGGAAGAAAAAGAAAAACAUCUAAACAACCUCGACAGAGAAAAUCACCAUCAACAAUAGCAACCUAUCAGAGUCAGAUCUCACCUGAUCAAAAUGGGAUCAAGAUAAGGAUAAAGAAAUCUUUAACAUUGGCUCCUCAAAAAACGAGAAAACGUAAAAAUAAACAGAGUGAAGAGAUUGACGAAUAUGAAGAACCUUUGGAACAAAGUCCUUGGGGUGACAGAAUGCCAAAGAAAAUUCUAAAUAAUAUAUUUUACAUGGUCACUAAAAUUGAAGGCUGUGUACCAUUUCUUGUCAGGAUGUCACGUGUUUGCCGUCUAUGGAGAGAUGUAGCAGUGUCUCCACACUUGUGGUAUCAUAUAGAUCUGGCGUCCACUUGGUGCAGAGAUAGGGUCAAGAAUGACAGAACUUUCCAGUGGCUGUGUGAGAACAGAUUAGCUCAAGUCCAGGAACUGAACUUAGGAGGCUGGUCAUUCACUGGUAUUCCGAGUGUACUGGACAAAAUGGCAACCUCCUGCGUAAAACUACAAGGCCUGGGAUUGUCUGGAUUACAGGGACUCAGCCUGGAUAACAUCAAGUUUCUCGUUUCAAACUGUCCUUACCUCGAGAGGCUUGAUCUGUCAAGUAUCAAUCCUGAGUUAAACAGCCCGCGCAGUGCAGUAAGCAUGGCGUCUCUGCUAUACCUAGCACAAACCAUGGGAGAGCGCCUUACUCACCUCAUACUGGCCAACAACAAGCUCGCUGGAGUACCUCAGAUAUUGACAGCGAUAGCAACUCACUGUCCAAAUCUGCAAGUACUUGACCUAGCCAAUGUGAGGACUGUUGCUCAGACCACUGCAUAUAUCCAUAUUGAGAAGUUGCAGGAAGGCUGUCCCUCCCUACGAGUGCUCAGGCUUACCAAUAGUCAGCUAGCUCUGUCACCUGUCUCAUUUAAUGAACAGGCUACUUCUCAAGGAUUUCCCCAGCUUGAGGAGCUCAGUGUAGCUGGUGUUGUCGAAGGAUUGACAUCUCAGCCUUAUAUUGAUGAUGAAGCAUUACAGAGAAUCAUUAAAUCAUCCAAGAAGCUAAGGCUACUGGAUGUUAGGGGCUGUAACAAAGUGUCAGACUCUUCUCUGGUCAGAGUUCCAGCGUGGGAUCUGGAGCACAUUUUCCUUUCAGGGUGCUAUGUGACGCGGCUUAAUGACUCAGGACUGGAGUUGAUAGUGAAGAAGUGGAGCCACAGCCUUGUAGAGGUGGAUUUGGCCUGGAGCACUGCUACUGAACCACUGGAUGCUGCUAUCACAGCACUGGCCGAGCAGGGUGGCAGCAGCAGACUGAGGACAUUGGACCUCUGUGGAUCAUCAGUGAGUCUGGAACCGGUGAGAGCUGUACUCACCAAGUGCCCUCUGCUCUCGUCCAUUAAUUUGUCGUCAUGUCGAGCCCUGCCCCGAGGCAUGAAGAGACUCUACCAGGGACUGCCUCUUGUGCAGCUACGCUCCUCCAUGCUCACUGACCAGUAAUCCAAGUCUGCAUUCCUCAUCUCCUUAGUUUCUUCUUCACCUUCUCUUUUAUCCAUAGGUAAACUCUUUGUCAAUUAAUACAUUUAUUUUAUGCAGGUUCAACAUUUUAAGUUUGGUUUCAUAUUCUUUGUCUAUUUUAUAUAUGUUAUAAAAUGCUUUGAAAAUCAUAAAUACUAAAUUUUAGACAUUGACUUCAUUCAUACGUAGCUUCAGAACUAAAUAAUAAAAGAUCAUAUUAACAUAAACACAAGAAGUAACUGUUUUGACUUAUUUUACCAUACAAACAAUUACCUCAGUGAACAUUUUUCUAAAUACAGCUCUCUAAAAUUAUUAAGUACACCAAAAAUGUAGCAGUUUCAUAGAACAGGACUACCCAAGCACUCCUUGAAAUUUAAAGCCAAUUAAUUAGUAGUUAUUGUUUGUUUUUUAUGUUAAGAUUGAGGGUGUUUGAUUGUAAAACAAAUUUUUUUACUUACAAAAUAUUUGUAUGGUGUUUUCCUGAUGUUUAUAACCAAUUUACGUUCACUAACAACAACAAAAACAGGAAUUCAAGGAAAUAAAUUAAAAAAUUGAAGAUA